AUGGUUAUGCCAGCUAUUGUAGUUUGGUUUCUCUGGAAAGCGCGUAACCAUGCACGACAUGAGGGUGCGUCAUUUCAGGCUCGUCAGGUCAUUCUGGACAUUGAUAGCUUUGUGGUACAGCUUGGUCGAACCGGAGUCCUAUUACCCAAGUGUUUCAUUGGGGACCUGGAGCAUCCAUGGUCUCCAGACGCAGGUUUUCGCCCCAAACGGUUCAAGGUUUGUGCUGUGCCCUGGUCGAGACCUCCACUCAACAGGCUCAAACUCAACACGGACGCUAGUGUCUCUGGUGCAAGUGCUUCGGGUGGAGGGCUAGUUCACGAUCACACGGGGCAUUUGGUCUUUGCCUUUUAUAAGGAGUUUAGGGAGGUGGGCACUCUGACUGCAGAGGCUCUCUCCUUAUGGCAUGGACUUUUGCAUUGUCAAGGAUAG